UCCCUUUUUCAACAACCCACACCCAUUUUUCCAUUUUACUGACCACCACCCAAAUCUCUCUACUCCCUUCCCGGCGACCAUCUCCUUCGCCGCCCAUGGAAGACCAUCCAUUUUUCAAUUGCUUGACUUGUUCAUAAGUUGUAUUUGUAUAUCUACUGUUUUGUUUCAUUGGAUUUGAUCAUUAGCUGGAAACACUGAUUGAAGUUUCUGGGCUGUGGUUGGAUUUUUGUGGAACUCUUUUGCGGAUGCUAAGGUACGAAUAAAGGAAGCGGGUAAUGGCUAUGAUUGUGAUAAUCAUUGUCGUGACUAUUUUUGGUAUGAUCUUAUCUGGUUUGGCUGGCUAUUAUGUUUGUCAAUUGAGGAAGGCGGCUGUUAGAGCUCGUUUACAAAGCAAAUCAUUUCAUGAUUCGAGUGGUGUUUGUCAAAGUGAUGAUCUUGAAUCACGUCUUUUCGAUCUGAGCACGAUUAUUUCAGCUACCCAGAAAUUUUCUUCUGUAAAUAAGAUUGGACAAGGUGGUUUUGGCCCUGUGUACAAGGGUGAAUUGGCUGAUGGAAAAGAAAUUGCAGUGAAGAGGCUUUCACAAGGUUCUGGACAAGGUCUUGAGGAGUUUAAGAAUGAAGUUGUUUUGAUUGCUAAGCUUCAACACCGCAAUCUUGUAUGCCUUCUCGGAUGCUGCAUUGAAGGAGAUGAAAGGAUGUUAAUCUAUGAAUACUUACAAAACAGAAGUUUGGAUCACUUCAUCUUCGAUAAAACGAAAAGGAAACUUCUUUCGUGGAAGAAACGGUUCGAUAUCAUAAUGGGCAUUGCUAGAGGAUUGCUUUAUCUUCAUGAAGAUUCUAAACUUAGAAUCAUUCAUAGGGAUCUCAAAGCAAGUAAUAUUUUGCUUGAUGAUCAAAUGUCCCCCAAAAUAUCAGACUUUGGCAUAGCUAGAAUUUUCGGAGGGGAGCAAACAGAGGAAAUGACGAAAAGAGUGAUGGGAACUUUCGGUUACAUGUCUCCAGAGUAUGCCAUGAGCGGUCACUUUUCAGUUAAGUCUGAUGUAUUCAGUUUUGGUGUUCUAAUAUUAGAGAUAAUCAGUGGGAAGAAGAAUUGGGGAUUCUAUCACCCCGACCACGACCUUAAUUUGAUCGGACAUGCAUGGAAAGAAUGGAAUGAAGAGAAGCCAUUUGAAUUGGUGGAUAAAGAGAUAAUUUUGGAGGAUUUGUCUAAAUCGGAGGCAAUUAAAUGUGUACAAGUCGGGCUAUUAUGCGUGCAGCAGAGGCCAGAGGAUCGGCCUGCAAUGUCGUCUGUUGUGUUCAUGCUUAGUCACGAAAACGCGAAUUUGACAAAUCCUAAAGAACCCGGGUUCUGUGUGGAAAAUUUCUCGAUUAAGAUUGAUCAAUCGUCGACUUCAACGGGAGAAACAUCGAACACAUCUAAUCAUGUUACCAUCACUGCCUUGGCUGGACGAUAACAAAUUGUGAUGUUUUGUUUAUGUUUUCUACUAGGAUGAAGAUUUUUUUUAAUAUGAAAAUAAAAUUUGGUGUAUUAAAUUUGGU